AUGCUCGAAGAAAUAACUGGAAUGUUUUUGUCAUUAUUUUCGCUAUUCGUUAACGCAACACCACGCGUAUCUUUACGAGAACAUCAACCAGAGGUUAAUGAUGAUGACAGAUGGCAACCGUAUAUCAAUGAAGAAUACGAGAACUUUCAUACCAACGAACAGUUAAGCUCAGUCUUGGUUAAUAGAAGAAGAACAGAUUAUACAAGGCUUGAUGGUACUUCGUCUGGACGGAGGAGUUAUUGGGAGUCGAUUCGGAGAAGUUUAUGGACAACUCUGACUAUUACGUGCGCUAUGUUCGUACCAACGGCUUUCAUAAUGGCGUUUCUUUAUAUAGAUUUAAACACAACGGAUCUUUGUUUGGAGUGGCAGUAUCACAAUAACACUUUACCAUUUUCUGUGAAACGAUUUCGUGUCAUCGGUGACAAUGUUGGAGUGAUGAUAACCAAUCUUUGGUUUCCACUAACAAUGGUAGUUCUAUUUGGAUGGAAAGAAUUUAAGCUGAGGUUUUUGUCUACCUUCUAUGUCGGUUUUAUCUUCGGAGAAACGAUAGUAAUUUAUUACUUACUUUUGCUGGUAUUUGGUGUAUACGAUACGCACAUGUAUUACAGAUAUCCUGCAAAUAUGCUGUUCUUUUCUGGCAUAAUUUGCUGUAGCAUUCUCAUGCUUCGCAAUAUCCGAGCCAGCGAUUCUACAUUGUCCUAUUCUAACGGUCGUAUUUUGGCUUUAAUUUCGACAGAGCUCGUCGUAUCAUCCGUACUGGCAUUGACCUACAAAUACGCUAUAGUGCCUUUUUUUAAUGGCAUAAAACAAGAAAGUUGCAAAUUCUUGGUGGCUGUGAUGGUGCCAGGAUUAACCAUUAUCCCUGCUGCGAUUUGUAAGCACAUAGCGUUGAGACGAAGUUCCGAAGUUGUAGACCCCGGCCGGAGCUUUGUCUUAGUAUACUUUAUCCGAGGUGGUGUCAUACUCUUAUACCGCACAAUGCAAGCAGAUUUGAAAAGCAUUUGGCUUUUUAUUGGGUUAUCUCUGUUCUCUGGUUUUAUGAACUUUUUGGAAAAGGCGACCUAUCGAAUUCGGAUCAAAUUGUGGAGAUGCAUUAUCUCACUUUUGAAUCGAACUGCUUGCUGUCGAAGACUCAAUGAAUUGCCUCAAGAUACACCGCAUUAUAGACGGUUAAAAGCCGACAUAGAAAUUCAAGAUAUGCUUUUUGAAUACAGUACACUUGUUUUAAGCCAAGGUUACUUCGUGUUGUACUUUGUAGAAAGUUUUAAACUUUCGGUGUGGUCUUUCCUUUAUGAAUCCCUAACUAGAGUUGCAAUUGGCAUUGGAAUUGAUCUAUUUUUCAAUUGCCUUUCAAAUUUUGUGCAAAUCCAUUACUACAAUAUUCCAGUUGGUCGCGUUUGGACGAAGUACUGGAAACGACACAUGUUGGCUAACUUCAUCAUCGUCAUUGUGAUAGUGUCAUACUUCAGCCCCGUCCUUCUUUCGGUUUUUCAAGCGCGGGAGACUGGGACAAGUAACAGACAGUAUAUAGUCAGAAAUUGUACGUUUUUCUAGUCUGACUGGUUGGCGUUAUAACCAUAUACAUUAUAUAUGCGUACGGCCCUCUUGUCAUAAAAACAAGUUAGCCUAUCCGGCUAGAUAUAGGUGGGUUUCACCAGGCCUUUGGUAUGGUGCUCACAUGGUAAUAAAUCAGUUGGACAGUAUAUGAUACAAUGUAUUUGGGUUUGCCAUCAGACACAAAGUGAAUUUUAGCUUAUAGUGAGCAAUUUCGCCGCGCACAACACUGCAGUCAAACGUAAAGUGCAUGCGCGCGUAUACAGAAAUGGCGGGAAAAAUGUCUGCCAAAUUAUUAUGAGUAAAUACGGGAAAAGAAUGCGUUUACUAUAAGGAAACGGCUGAAGCUAUAAGGUAGGGGUUUCAACGCCUUUUCCUUGUGGCAAGACGAAGUUCAACUGAGUUUAAACACUCGUAAUUUUCUUUAAACUCUUUUGAAUGUCAAGCAGUAAAUACGCGCGGACGUUUGACCGCGGUGUUGCCUACAUUGUCCCUUUUAGUGUCACCUGGCACUGCAAAGUCGCGUGUAAUAUAUUUAACUCAAGGUUUAUGCCAAACUUUGUUUAUGUAAGACAAGCUUAUGAUGUACUACUUUAUAUAUAAAUACAAAUGCAUAUAACGAACUGUACUGUAUAUGAAGAGCUGGACCGUAUAUCAUGAACUAAGUAACUAAUUAAAAAUUU